GGCUGCCACACAGGCAGCGACUGACCGAGCGAGCGAGCCAGCAAUAAUUCGCACCGGCACACAGGAGCGGCAGUAAUGGCCGCGUGGUGAGUGCCAGUAGCAGGCAGGCAGGGGAGCAGCGCCACUGCACUGGGCACUGGUGACGCUUCCAGCCCACGCCCUCCCUUGCCCCCCUCCCUCGCCACCUUCGCCUCCCAAUCUCGCGGUGCGGCGGCGGUGCCCGGCCCCGGUUCCACCGGCGUCACAGGUGCCCGUGAUCUGGUGGUUGCAGUGGCGGCGAGGUGAGGUGAGGUGACGCGGCGGCGGGAUGAGGUGGCUCAAGUCGUUGGUUGGGCUGAGGAAGGCGGAGAGGCAGCAGCAGCAGCAGCGCCGCAAGGAGGAUGGCGACGCCGGCCCAACAAAGAGGGAUGUCGUCGAUCAGUUCCACUGCCAGGGCCAGCAUUCCCAGGAUCACGGUGGCCUUGUCGGACCAGAAGAGUUCCCUGAUGGAAAUGUUCUGUCAGAAGACGAUUGCAGCACACCUUCAUGCUCAGGGCCUGGUUUCAAUACGCUUAGCGUGGCACUGCCUCAAACAGAAGAGGAACUCAAAGAGAUCUGGGCUGCCACUAUUAUUCAGACUGCGUACAGAGCCCUCCUGGCUAGGCGAGCCCGCCGAGCUUUAAAAGGACUGGUUAGGCUUCAGGCCCUUGUAAGGGGUCAUAUAGUGAGAAAGCAAGCUGCUAUAACACUCCGGUGUAUGCAAGCUUUGGUCAGGGUACAAGCCCGUGUUAGAGCAAGGCGAGUUCGUGUGGCCCUGGAAAAUCAGAUGGAUGACCAACAAAAUAAUGAAGAAGAGCAAACAGACGAGGCACAUGUUCGAGAAAUUGAGGAUGGGUGGUGCGAUAGUAUAGGGUCUGUGGAAGACAUCCAAGCAAAACUGUUGAAGAGGCAGGAAGCAGCAGCCAAGCGUGAGCGGGCCAUGGCCUAUGCCCUUUCUCACCAGUGGCAAGCAGGUUCAAGGCAACAUGCAACCAUUACAGCUUCUGAACUAGACAGGAACAACUGGAGCUGGAAUUGGCUGGAGAGAUGGAUGGCCGUCCGCCCGUGGGAGAGUCGGUUCCUGGGCAUGUACGCAGCAGAUGGAAUUGCCAUUGAUACCGCAGCGCAACAUGCUGAGGGAAAUCCAACCAAGGCCCCAUACAGGAAACCAGUGAAAAAGCAGGUUUCAGCUCUUCAUUCAAAUGUGUUGAACCAGAAGGCCCGUCCGUCGAACUCAGAGGGUGGUGGCUCCUUGUCGAACCCGUCUGCUGGUUCGGCAUCGGCUAAACCAAAACGGAAGCUGCCAUCUAAAGAAGGUUCUGAUGAAGUCUCGUCUCGUCCUUCGGGGCUUGGUGCCCGAAGCAGUAGUAAUCCUAAGGAGAGGCCUGGGCAGUUACAGCCUCGGGCCAACAAGAGGUUCUCCUUGCCUGGCACUGGCAUAGAAGCUGGCAAACGCAUGACGAACAAAACCACGGCAGCGGUGAACCGAUCCCCCAAGGCUACCGAAAACUCCCCAGUUCCGGAAGGAAAGCACCGCCGUGCCGGUUCUGCUGAUCUGUUGCUCAAGAGAGUUGUCAGCUGGUGCCUCUACACUACACCUGGAGGUUGCCAUAGCUUGUGCUGUGGUACUGCUGUAUUUGUAGCUAAGAGCCAGUAUGGACUAGCAAUUUCUGGUUCUAUUUUUGUGUACAAUAAAAAAAAAUCUGAAACUUUAUGCCCAUCAGACCAAAUGGGCUUCGGCCCAGCAAGAAAGCCAGCUCAUUCUACCCUUUAUUCCUUGCCCCCACCCGACGCGACGCGUUUCGUUUUGUUUUGUUUUGUUUCCUUGCGUGAAACCGUAGCGAAACCGUCAUCCAUCGACGACUUCCGUCGCGCCCGAGGCAGCAGCGAGGCGCCCGAAACAACUGUCUCCAUGGCGGCAACGACGACGGCGACGCCGAGGCGGGCGCCGGCCGCCUUCGUCGUCCUCCUCAUCCUCGCGACGGCGUCCGGGGCCUCCGCCAGGGGCGACGGCAACGGCGUGUACGAGCCGUGCGCGGACGCGACGGUGAGCCGGGGCGACGGGUUCACCUUCGGGGUGGCCUUCGCGGGGCGCGACGCCUUCUUCUCCGGCGGCGUGCAGCUCUCCCCCUGCGACGGCCGCCUCCCCCUUCAGAACGCCGCCAAGCUCGCGCUCUUCCGCCCCACCGUCGACGAGAUUUCGCUCCUCACCGUCAACGCCUCCGGCGCCGGCGACCUGACGUCUGCUGGUGGAUACAUGGUGGCCUUUGCAGGGAGGAAGUUCGCAGCAAGGUCGCCCCCCGUGUUCGUCGGCAACAGCUCGUAUACGGUCACCGGCUUCACCCUGGUGUUCGAGUUCCACAAGGGCACGCUCCAGAACCUCUUCUGGAAGGCGGACGGCUGCUCGUCGUGCUCCGGGCAGGCCAACUUCGGGUGCGUCGAAAACAGCUGCGCGAUCAAGACGUCGAGCUGCAGGGGCGGCAAUGGCGGCGGCGGCGCCGGGCAGGUGGACUGCAGCCCCGGGAUCCAGCUGGCCUUCUCCGGCACCGACAAGCACGAGGCGGUGCUCAACUCGUGGUACGAGGUGUCCAAGCUGAAGCAGUACUCCCUCUUCGGCCUCUUCUCCAACCUCAAGGACUCCCUCGCGGGCCAGUUCAGCAACUUCUUCUAGCGUCGUCCGUCUUCGUCCCGGCCAAUCUUCGUCUUCCUCGUGCAGCUUCUGAAGGCGGUCACACCCGUUGCAUCAUAUUCAUAUUGUGUCGUCAUCCGUGUACCGUUUGUUCAUGGCAGUAUCGUGGUAUUAUUAUUGCCAUGUCACCCGUACCGUACGUAUACUGCAUGCUUGUAACCAGAUGUGCUUUGUGUAUCGAUCAUCGGCUGCUAGCCUAGCCUGCUACGUACGCUCGUUAAUUGUUCGGUAUAGAGACAAUGUAAGCUACGAAACUAGUGUAUGUAUUUUUGUAAUGGAAUGGAGUUCGUGUA